AUUGCACUUUGCAACUCGACAGACGUUUUAAGCUUUUAUCUCAUUUUUUUAUUUAGACUUAAAAUAUGCGAUCACUAUACAUUAUAAUUGCAUUAUUACCUAUUUUCAGAUUAUGCUUCGCGACGGGCGUUGAGAAUACAACCGCGUGUAAUUGCGAGCACUGUGACGAGGAAAAAGUGAUCGGUUUGGAAGAGGAGACGACUAUUCGCACGAGGCAGGUCACAGAAAAGGACAGCGAUGACGAUGGUAAUCGGACAAUUUGCGCCAGAGAUCGUGAUUUUAACGAUCGCACUUUUCCAAGCGUCUGUCACAUGUUAUGUUAUAAUCAUUGCACGAGAUAUCGAAUGAUGGCCAUUAAGAAAAAUGAUGUGAAGAAGUAUGUCGUAAUUGCAUACAGAUCAAAUUAUUACAAAUUGAAAGAUGGAUUGUGCUGAAAAUUAUCAUUAUUUUCGGCGAUCAUAUAACUGAAAGGCUUGACGUACAUAUAUAAUUAUUACAAAAAUUUGAAUCACAAAUAAAUUUAUGCAAAUUUAUACUUAUGUAUAUUAAAAUG